AUGAAAGAAAAGAAGCAAGAAGACAAAAGUGCUGCCAAGCUGCAGCACGAGGGCCUCAAAGGCUUUAAAGGAUUUUGUGUCCCUCAACUGUUUCUUUUCCACUCAGUCACUUUCGGCCUGUCUUUUCGCUGGGCGCUUCGCGGCCUCGACGCAGCGCUUUGCAGCAGCAGCAGCAGCAGCAGCAGCACGGAUGCUGUGCUGCAAGACCGGGAAGCAGCAGCAGCAACGGCAGCAGCAGCAGCGGCAGCAGCAGCAGCAGCGGCAAGCAACACUUCGGCUGCCGACGAUGGAGGGAAGAGGGAAGCGGCGAAAACAGCCUCCCAGGUGUAUGUGCAGCCGCAGCCGCAGCAGCAAGGAGGGCAGCAGCAGCAGCAGCAGCAACAGCAGCAGCAACACGCGCUGUCUCUACAAAUCGAUGCUGAGAUGUCUCCGCUCUUGCUGCUGCUGCGGGAGGAGCAGCUGCUGGAUGCUGCGACGCUGCUCUGCUGGGUGGCAGAUGUUCACCGGAAACAGCAGCAGCAGCAGCAGCAGCAGCAGCAGCGACAGCACGCGGACGGUGCGGCGUUCUCGUCCGCUAUGCAGCGUCCACGCGGAUCAGCAGCAGCAACAGAGGCAGCAGAAGCAGCAGCAGCAGCAACAACAGCAGGAGCAAAAAAAGGAACUUUACCGCCUCGCCCGUCCUGGCUGCCGCCGCCUCUCUUUUCUCCCCCAAAUGUGCUGCAGGACAGCAGCAGCAGCAGCAGCAGCAGCAGAGCAUCUACUGUGGGUGAGGGGCUAAGUGCUGGGUCUCUCUGUAAACAUUCUGCUGCGUUCCCUGCUGCUGCUGCUGCUGCUGCUGCUCCUUCAGCCUUCAGCGUUUCUGUUGUUGCUGCGGCCUUUCGUUUGUCGGCCCCACAGAUUGAGGUGUACGUACACCCCAGACACAGACAGGCUGACCUGCUGCUUUCUUUUAGAGGCUCCUAUUUGGCCCUCAGAGUCCAGCAAGCAGCAGCAGCAGCAGCAGCAACAGCAGCAGGUGGUUUUGCUGCUGCUGGCGUUGCUGGAGGUGGCAGGAGAAGAUCCUCCCUGUUGUCCUUAGAUGGUGCGCAGCAGCAGCAGCAGCGGGAACAGCAGCAGCAGCAGCAGCAGCAGCUACUGCUGUCUGAGCUGUGCCUGUCCGUUGCUUCUGCUCGCGUUGAAGGCAGCGGCGCGGGGCGCUUCUCUGUGACUUGCGGGCUGCACACAGCCAGCAGCAGCAGCAGCAGCAGCAGCAGCACCAGAAGCAUCAGCAGCAGCAACAACAACGGCAGCAGCGCGAGCAAUGGUCUGGCUGCAGCAGCCAAGACGCCACCAACAAACACAGCAGCAGCAGCAGCAGCAGCAGCAGCAAUGGCAGGAUCAAGAAACGGGGCGAGUAACCCUCGAUCGUUUGGGGUUGGCCGCCCUGCCUCGCAGCUUGCUGCUGCUGCUGCUGCUGCUGCAAAUUCUUCUCCUUCUGAGCCCUCUGAACAUACUGGGCCUCUCUACCCUGUCUCCGUCGAUCCCUCGCCCGCUGCAGCUUUAGCGCAGCAGCAGCAGCAGCAGCAGCAGCAGCAGGCCACGGCGCAUCAGCCUGCGGUGUACAUUCACCUAAAGAGGGACUGCAACAGCAACUUAAAUUCACGCAGCAGCCGCGGGCCAGACGAAGCUAAGCAGCAGCCAGAGAGUCAGAAACAGCAGCAGCAGCAGCAGCAGCAGGAACCGCAGGAACAGCAGCAGCAGCAGCAGCAGCAGCAGCAGGAACCGCAGGAACAGCAGCAGCAGCAGCUGCUGCUGCUGCAGGACGCAUGUGGGGCCCGCUGCUGCACUUCUGUUUGUGUCCAGGUGGCGACUAUACGUGCAUCAGGCGAAGCUGCCUUUGUGUGCGCUGCUGCUGCUGCUGCUGCUGCUGCUGCUGCGGACCUCCGCAUCGUGGCUGCUGCUGCUGCUGCACUCUGGGGGCACCAGGCAAAGGGGGGACUACAGGAAGCAAAAGAAAGAAUUAGAGGAGCAGUAAAAUGCCAACAUGAGACACAAGAGACUCAUGUAUGGCUCCCAAAGGGAAUAGAGGACAAGGCCGCUGCUGUGAAGCAGCAGCAGCAGCAGCUGCAGCAGCAGCAGCAGCAGCAGCAGCUGCAGCAGCUGAGGGUCUCCGUCGCCUUUGAGGGUUUCUCAGUCCGUGUCUUCGCCGCUCAACCAGCGCAUGCAGCACAGCGCCGCUCGCCUUUCGGGGCUGUGCCUGCUGCUGCUUCUGCUGCUGCUGCUGCUGCUGCUGCUGUAGCAGAGCGGCCUCUACCCAGCAUCAGGAGCCUCAGAAGCAGCCCCUGGAUGGCUGCGGAGCAGCAAAGGGAACUUUUGUUGCUGCUGGGGGGUGGGCUUAGGGCUGACUGCAGUGGAGCUGAGAUCACUCUUUCUCCGCAGCAGCAGAGUCCCAUUUGCUGCUUCAGACGCGCUAGCAGCAGCAGCACCAGUAGCAACUGCAGCAGCAGCAGCCCCCGCUGCAGCUGCAGCAGCAGUGGCAGUUAUUCAGAUUCGAAAACUCUCUCCCUUCGCAGCGCGGGUCCCUCAUUAGCUGACUCCCCCUGCUUGUUGGAUGAAAGCAGCAGAAACGGCAGCAGCAACGGCAGCAGCAGCAGCAGCAGCAGCAGCAACAGAAGCACCACGGACGACCGUUGCCGCAGCGCCGCUGCGGAGGACUGGGGAAGACCCUCUCUGUUUUUGUCUCUGAAGGACUUCUGUCUCUUCACUCAACCAAUAAACAGCCAGUGCCGAAGCAUCGCCUGCCGCAGCAGCAGCAGCAGCAACAGCAGCAGCAGCAACAGCAGCAGCGGCGACAGCAGCAGCAGCAGCGACAGCAAAGCCGAAGCAUGGUUGCCCGUGUUGAUGCCCGUUUCUUGCCACUUGAUGGCUUCAGUGCCGCAUGAGUACCCAGCAGAAGCAGCAGCAGCAACAACAACUGCAACAGCAACAGCAGCAGCAGCAGCAGCAGCUAGAAACCUGGCGAAGCCCCUCCGUGUUUCUGUCUCAAUGCAUGUGGAGCCUCUCGGCCUAUCAGCCAGCCCCUUAGUUAUUUCGUCACUUACUGCCUUCUUUGCUGCAGCAGACAGCCAGGCACUUCUUCAGCAGCAGCAACAGCAGCAACGGAAGAAGCAGCAGCAGCAGCAGCAGCAGCAAGAGCCGCAGAGCAAGCUGCAGGUGGGACCCUGCGGUUCGCCGCCGUCUCCAAGUGGUCCUGCCGCGUCUUUUUUGCUUCCAGUAGCAGAAGCAGCAACAGAAGCAGCAGCAGCAGCAGCAGCACAGAGGCCAGAGGCAGCAAAUGCGCACCAGCCGCUUCCUUGUACCAUCAGCAGCAGCAUCAGCGGCGACAGCAGCAGCGACACCAGCAGCGACAGCAGCAGCAGCGACAGCAGCAGCAGCGACAGCACCAGCAGCAGCGACAGCAGCAGCAGCAGCAGCAGCGAGUGCUUCUAUGACGCAUUUGACCCUGUUGAAUUUGGCCUUUCUGAUGACUCCCAGCAGAGCUGGGGCGUCCCUGUGGGGCCCUUUGCAGCAGCGCAUGCAAAUAUAAUGCAUGCAGGUAUAUUGCAUGCAAGUAUGGUGCAUGCAAAUGCAGUGAAUGCAGGCACGUUGCAUGCAAACAGCAUGCAUGCAGACGCAUUGCAUGCAACUGCCGUGCAUGCAGCUGCGCAUGCAGACCUGUAUGCAGGGGCAGUGCAUGCAUGCACCCCGCGUGCGCCGCUGCGUGCGCUUGGGGCUGGGGCCGCAGCAGGAGCUGCAGCAGGCGCUGCAGCAGGUGCUACAGCAGGCGCUGCAGCAGGAGCCGCGGCAGGAGCUGCAGCAGGAGCUGCAGCAGGAGCUGCAGCGGGCGAGGCCCAGGGAAGCCCUGGGGGCCCCUGGGAGCCCCCCCCGUUUGUACCCUUUUUUGGGGGCCUUUGCUGCAUCUGUGGGGUUUCUCUCGAAGUGGCGCAGGUCUUCUGCAUCCUUUGCUGCCCGCCCCACGACGCGCCCCAGCAGCAGCAGCAGCAGCAGCAGCAGCAGCAGCGGAGGCGCGCGCAGCGACUGUCUCCGCUGCUGCUGCGGGCUGAGGGCCUCGCCCUCUGCAGGCCCCUCCAAGGGGGCCCCCUGGCCUUCGCCUUUGUGGCGGACUGCAGGCGAGUGGCUUUGAGGGUGCAGCUCGAAAACGCAGUGCAGCAGCAGCAGCAGCAGCAGCAGCGGCAGCAGGGGGAGGAGGGCUUUGGGGUUUUGUCGCGCGUCUCCGGGGAUGUCUCUGUCUCUUCGUUGGCUGCGCUGCUGCCCACAGCAGAAGAGUCAUGGGCAGCAGCAGCAGCGGUAACGGCAUCAUCAUCAGCAGCAGCAGCAGCAGAAUCAGUUUGCAAUAAACUAGACUUGCUAAUUAACAUAACAAAAAACCCUCAAAUAAGAAUGGAGAUCUGCAGCAGCAAAGCAACAGCCGCACAAAUAUCCCUGCUGCUGCAUGAGCUAACCAGCAGCAGCAGCAGCAGCAGCAGUGGCAGCAGCAGCAGCAAGGAGAAGGAGCACCGAGGCCCUCUAAAUUUAGCAGCAGCAGCAGUGCCGAAACUUUUGCUGCUGCUCUUCUCUCAAGGGCAACACCGGCUGCUGCUGCUGAACCAGCUUUUUGGGCUGCUGCUGAACUUGACCACCGAUGCUGCUGCUGCUGCUGCUGCCAGUGAACCAUCAGCAGCAGCAGCAGCUGCUGCAGAGUUUGUAAAGGGCUUGUGCCUCUCUGAGGUGGCAAUCGUCGCUGCAGCUUCCGUUGCAGCAGCAGCAGCUGCUGCUGCUGCUGCAGCACAGUCUAAUGGAGAGGAAGCAGCAGCAGCUGCAGCAGCGUCGCAGCUCCUAUCGCGUUCUCUCUCCGUCUGUGCGCGCAUUCUGCAGCAUCAGCAGCAGCAGCAGCAGCAGGCAGCAGCAACAGAUUUCACUACUGCUGUUGUGGUAGCGGAAGGUGCAGCAGCAGCAGUGCUGCGCGAUGCUGCUGGCCGCGGCUGCUGGGGUGGAGGAGCAGCAGCAGCAAUCCGGCUGCUGUCUGUGUCAGCGCAACGGCAGCAGCUGUUGGAGAGAGCAGCAGCAGCAGCAACAACAGCAGCAACGAAGCCAGGCGCGGCAGCAGCACCUCAGCUGCUGCUCACCGACCUGCUGCAGCUGCUGCAGCGACUGCUGCUGCUGCUUGUUUCAAAAGGGCGCAGCACCAGCUCAGCAGCAGCAGCAGCAGACCCAGCAGCAGCAGCAGAUGUGUUUACCUCCCUUGGGAACGCCCUGGUGCUCCUGACCAGCAUUUUGCGCAUGCAACUAGCCCCCCAGCAGCAGCAGCAGCAGCAGCAGCGCGAUGCUGUUGUGCCGCUGCUGCGAGCAGCAGCAGAAGCCCUGGACUUCGAGCAGCAGCAGCAAGUGCAGCGCAACGCAGCAAUUUGCAUCGCCACAGCAGUGCAGCACUAUGAGGUGUACAGACAGCUCUUCUGGAAGCAGCCCCUCAUCAGCAAAGUCAUCUCUUCCGCAAAAUAUGCCAUCGGCCCCAGGUAG